ACCCUGUCUCAAAAAGACCAAAAAAAAAAAAAAAACUAAAAAGAAGAAAACCUUCAUCCUGGCUUUAAGUGACUCUAGUGUUGUGAAUUUCUGGAUCAAGUGUUGCAUAUGAAGUGAAAACUCCAAAGUUCAGUAAUAACCCCACACAGCCCCUGCACACAGGUGUUUACAGCAGCAUUCUUCCAAUCACUGUAAAGUGCAAAAGGAUGAAGAUGCACUCCUGUGCAGGAGUGGACAGGCAGGGGCAAUGCUAUGUAGUGGAUUCCCGGGCAGCAAGAGAAGAACAGGCUAGGGAUGGACUCAACACAAAUGAAUUUCAGCUGCAUCUUACUGAGUGAAAGGAGCCAGACAGGCUGUGUGUUUCUUGGUUCCCUUCCCAAGACAUUCCUUACAAGGACAUUAUAGGACAGACAACAACUUACGAGAGUGUAGACUGUUGGUGGAAGGGGAAGUGGAUGAAUGAGAAGAAUGGGGUUCAAAGGGGAGGGAACUGCUGUAUUUGAUGGAGGAAUGGGCACACAACUAUUUCUUUGUCAAAACCCAUAGAAUUUUAUAUUUUUAAAGGUUGAGCCUCAGUGUUUGUAAACUUUUAAAACAACUGACCUCAGCAUCUCUGGUAGAUGAUGUUUUGUCUGAACAUCUGAGGCUACAGAUACUUUAAGGUGUGAAGCCUGACGUGAACACUAGAUGCUCACUGGUAAAUUAGUUGCUUACAGAAGUAGGGUUUGGUAAUUCUAAAACUGCUAAUACAGUUCAGCAAUGAGCAAAAAGCUUCUUGGUAGUAAGCUCAAACUUUGUAUUGUUGGAGAACAGAGAAACAGAAAAUAAAGGAUGUUUAAAGCCCCACUGCACUGCACAGUAGCCUGAGACAUGAAGCCAUGCUUAGAUGGUAAAUAUGGAAUGAUUUGGAUAUGCAUGUAUCAAAAUUGUUGGAUGAUAUGCUGAUAUACAUGGCCCAGCUCCAUUUGUUUUGAUGACCAGAGAAGCAAUGUCCAUUAAUACCUACUGCCCGGAUCUCCAUCCCUAAAUACCAAGUGCGGUGUCAGCAAGAUGUAGGAAAAGAAAGUUCCAGGGUUCAUUCCCCAUAGAAAAACUGAAGUAGUGAUGGUGGUGAUCAUGCCUACAAUCCUGGUACUGUGGGGACUAAGGUAGGAAAAUUGCACACAAGUUUGAGGACAGCCUGGGCAAUGUAGAUAACACAAAUGGAGCUAGGCCAUGUUCACAGUUCACAGUACAGUCCACCAUGGAGGGGACGUCAAGGCAGCAGGAACUGCAAGUAGGAGGUGACAUCACACCUGAAGUCAGAAAAGAGAGCACUGGACAUAUGCGUACUGCCCAUAAGGUGGACCCUGUGAGGAUCCACCAUCUCCUAUUCAAACUCUCAGUGCCCUCACCUCGCUUUCUUGCUAUAUUUCAAGCCACUGUCUAAGACAGCACAUGAUCCUCUAGCACAGGGGGGAGACUGGGGAAAGCUUAAAUUUAAGCCUGAGAAUUUGAGCAGCUUGCUUGGAAUUCAAGCUCCAGCACAGCCCUGGUUGAAUCAUCUGAAACGUCCACUUCUCUUUCCUUGCACAUAUCCUGGACAUCUCUUGACAGUGCUAGCCACUUCUCCAGGCCUCUUACCUCAUCUUGCUGGUAGCUCCUCCUCAGUUUGUUUCCACUCUCCAUCAAUAGCAAGGCAGGCACCCCACACAGGAACCAGGGUGCUGGGCUGGAGCACCCUGCUCCAGGCUGCUCCCAGCAUUUGUGAGAUGCCAUAUUUCACACUGCUCCAGACAGAUUACCUGGAAGGUCCCUCCUCCUGACACCCAAGGCAGAAAAGGCUGCUCCUGCUCUGGUAGGAAGCCAGUCUUUUAUGUGAAGAUGUAAAGGGGAGGGGGAGCUGUUCUUGUCCAGCCUCUUCCCAUGCCUCAUCUUCCUGUUCUUGCACCUGCUUCUGCUGAGUCAUCCUUCUGCAAAUUGAAAUCUAGCCUAAAGUGUGCCUUGUGUCUGCUCUCAUGAUUAAGGUCCUAGAACAUCAGAUAGGGACAUUGUCCCCCUGAGCCUGGCCGGAACCUAGGGAGGCUGUCACUUGUUCAUCAAACCUUCCUAGCCAGGCAGGUCUUAACCUCUCCAGUUCUCCAUGUGGCACCAGGAGUGUUCUGAACACACAAGAUGCCUGACCACACUUGAUGUCCCCCACAGCCCACAAGGUCAUGCUAAUGAUGCAUCCUUACAGAACAACAUCCUGAGAAAGGCAGGCUCUCAGAUCGGGAGACAGGAAUUCAGGGUACAGAGCCCGAGUCUCAAGGCCAAGCCCUCAGCCCUGCAACUCUUGACUUCCAGGGAAGCAAAGCUAGGACUGAGGUUGCAGCCAAAAAGGAUUUUUAUGCAGCUCCUGGGAGUUACUGGCAAUUUUUGUUUUUAGAACCUAAACGGGGCCAAAUUUUGUCUAUGAAAUGUAUCAAUGUAGGAGUUCCCCGAGUGUGUAGAGCUGAGGUGCCAGCCAGCCCUGGCCACUUGUGUGCCUCUUCACAGCUACUCCCUAGGCUGGGGGUGGAGUCUAGCUGGCCACUAGGGUCAGCAACUACCCUGUCACUGAUUGUGACCUCAGAGACUUCUGACCUUGCAAUGGGCCUGUGGGCCCUGCUGGCCCAGAGGAUUAUGGGUUAUGGUUCCCUUGGUGGCCUGGCUGCCAGGACUGUGGCCAGCAUCAACCCCUGUGGUGUCACUUAAACCUGUACCAUGGUCUGCAGUUCUGCUGGUUUGCUUGUUCCCAGAAGACCCUGGACCUGGGCCUUCCCAUCUGACAGAGGUUGAGUGUGGCAACUGGGCUUAGGUGUGGGGUUAUAGCAGCUCUCCUACUUACAACUUCCUAGGUCAGGGGCAGCUCCAGGGCUUUGUGACCCAAGCCUUAAUUGUCAAAUUAGAGAUUUAGGCUGGGCUGCCUGGUGAGCUCUAGCAGCCUGUGUGACUGUGAAGGACAGCUUCAAGCCAGUUUGUGAGGAUCCCUAAGAUGGCAGAAGAGAUGCCUGAGGAUGUGUGGUCAUAUGGUGGAAGGGUCUCCAUAGGGAAGCAGCAAUAGCAGCCAGCAGGCUGACACAGCUAUGCUGCAAAUGAACACAGGUUCCAGGGAACCCCUGCUGCCUCCUUGGUCACCUAGGACUGGCUACCCUGGAACCUCAGCCCCAACUUUUAUCAGGUGGAUACAAACAAAGCUAUUGACCUGCCGGGACAUCUUUCCCUUCCUGAAAAAUUGGGGCGAUGACAAUGUUCUCCAUGAGUGGAGAAAAUUGAGUGAGCUCAGCAGACACCAGCCACAACCUCAUGUUCCUGCCCCUGCCCUAGCAGCCUCCUCUUGUCUUCAGCCUCCUCUAGCCAUGGCAGAGAGGGCCACAGUCUGACUGCUUCUGUGAUGGAAUCGAGAACCCCCAAGAAGACUUGUCAGCUUAAGAAACAUAGGAUCAAUGCCCAGGAGAGAUUCGCCAAGAAGUUCCCCUAUAGGUUCUCUUUGUUGAUAGAGCCCAGCUCUGAAUCUCAGUCUUGGAAGGCCAAGAACAACCACCAAAAGAACCAGCUACCACUACAGAAGAAACUGGUGCCAACAAGGUCCAUCCCCAUCCCAGGGGUCGGAGCUCCAGAUUUUACAUUGCUGCUCAGCUUCUGCUCCCCACCCCGACAGUCUCCACUUUGUAACCUCUGGGAACUCAAGUUACUGAGCUUCCGUUUCCCCAGACAAGACCCCUGAAAGCUUCCCCCUCCAAGGGCCAAUGCUGACCAGUCCUAUGCAGGGCCAUCUUGGAGUCUCUCCUAGAACCCCUUGCUCCUCUGCGUGACCUUCUUGGCAACCUUCUCUCUGCUCUGGGGAGCAGCCACAAAGACAUUAGCGAAGGGAGCAGUCUUGAAGGCCACCAAA